CAUAAUUCCCAUACAUCGUCUCGGUUAAGGACAGUAUUCCUAUUCAUUCAAGAAGUUAAACAAGACAGUUAUCGCCCUCUUCCUUACGCUUUACCAGCCCGGGCAUUGCGGCUACCAAGCGAAAUUAUUCGACAUGCGUCUUCCAUAUGUUCCCAAUCCGCCCCCUACCGCCACUCCUGAAGAGGCAGAAAUCCUCAACCGGGUGCAAACCCGACGUGGUGAAAAAGGCUUAAUACCUCUGGAUCUCGCCCUUCUGCACUCGUUCCCAGUUGCCGAUGGGUGGAAUUCGUUCAUCGGAGCUAUCCGAACCCGCACUAGCCUCUCGCAAGCCAUUCGUGAACUUAUCAUCUGCCGCAUCGCUGUAAUCAACGGAGCCUGGUUCGAAUGGGAUCAACACUCGCCUUUGCUCAUGGAAGGCGGAUACAGUGCGGAAGCGGUGGCAGUCGUUCGUGACGCUCAGGCUGACAUCGCCCAGAAAGCGCAAGAGAAGGUGAUAGGUCCCGAAGAGGCUGCGGUGUUGAAGUAUACAGAUGCCAUGACGAAAACGGUUACUGUGCCUGACGAUGUGUUUCAAGAAUUGAAGGGACUCUUCAAUGAUCGAGAGGUGGUGGAAAUCACUGCCACCGCAGCAGCUUACAACUGUGUUAGUCGGUUUCUAGUUGCACUGGACGUUGGAGAGAAAAACCAUUAAAGGGACCGCAUGAUGAUUUGUACAUACAUAUUAUGAAUAGAGUAGCGAUGCAACUAUUGUAUACUGCAUUUCUCCCGUGAGUCAUGAUCAUUGCUCAUCAUACAGCUUUCUUAUCAGGAAUUUUGUGAUUCCUGAUAGUGACCAU